AUGGCGAGGCUGAACAUUUUUCCCAUUAAUUGGAAAGAAUCGCAACAUAAUGAUUUUUAUCCACAAAUUACCCAACAACAAUUACAAGAACAAAUCGCACGCGAGCAACAACUUAAUCAACAGCUCUUAUUACAACAGGAGAUACAAAGAUUAAAAUAUGAGCAAGAACUAAAGGAACAAGAAAAACGACAUCGACCACCAAGUCUUUCAACAGUUGAUGAUUUACCACAAACAGGUCGAAAGGAUCCCGAUGAAGAAUUUUCAUCGCCGCGACGAAGAAUUAGACCAAUUGAAAGACGUAACUUUCGUUGCUUCUGUAUAUCAUGUCCUCCAUGUAUUUGGAUACCAUGUAGUUUACUUUGGACGGCAAUACUCAUUCUAUCAAUUAUACUAGGGAGCAUAACAUACUCGAACAUGAAACAAUGCAAAAAUUUAAACGUCGACAAUUUUUCUCCAUCUAUAAUGACAUACGAUCCAAAUAUUUUCAAUGAAGUGAUAAUUGACAAGUCGGGAGGUUAUCUGGAAGGACAAGUAUGGGUAGCUCAAGAUGAUUCAAAAACCUCGAAAAAUGCAACUGUUCGAAUUCAAGUGGCCAGUAUUAGCGAACAAGGCGCAACUGUGCAAACAAGUUUUUCUGAUUCACAAUAUUCCAUCAAUUUGUCACAAAGCGGAUACAACUCACCGUUCGAAUUUUUCGGUUAUUGGACACUCCCUCCAAAAUGUUCAAAAGCAAGAGUACAAAUUAUUGUUCCACAAUCCUCUAGUAACAAAACCGCAACAACAACUAUAACGUCAAAUAAUAUUGAUGUAACGUUACAGCAGAAUGCAGUUCCAUUUUAUGAUAAGAUUUUUAACAUCACUACGAUUGAAUCGAAUAUAAUAGUCGAGAAUUUCACAGCCAAUUCAAUAAUAUUAACAUCUCGACUCGGUAAAAUUUCCGGUAGUAUCGGUGGAAUAUACUCGCAACUAAAAGCAUCCACGGUUGAAAGUGAUAUACAGUUAUCCGCUAACUUGGUAUCAAAUUUGGACUCUUUUGCAAGUUAUUUGAAAGUUCAACAACAACCAACAAUUGAUGUGGAGACGAUAGACGGAGCUGUGGAUUUAAAAUUUAAUUCCACCUUUUCCGGAAAUUAUUCUGUAACAACGAACAAAGGAACCAUUCAGCCAAUAAACACUCAAAACAUCACUAAUUCUGACAACUCACAAACACAAGUGUCUGGAAUCAUUUCCGGUAAUUUAAAUGCGAAUUUAACUAUCACCACAUAUAACGGGAACAUUAAUUUAGAGUUUUAG